AUGGCGGUGUCUACCACCGGAAGUCAAGUCUCACCGUCCAAGAAGGAAUCUGAGGCCAAGAAACGACCCGAACUCAAGGAGCGUCGGAAACGAAACUGCACCAAAAAGACUCGUACAGGGUGCCUCACCUGUAAACAACGGAGAGUCAAAUGCGACGAACACAAGCCAGCAUGCUGGAAUUGCCUGAAAUCCUCGGCGCGUGUGUGCGAAGGCUUUCCAUUUGUCAAGCCAGACGACGUUGAGCCUGACAAUGGCUUUCAUGUCCGCCUCGAGACUGGGUUCAACGUGCCGGCAACGACUCCAUCGAGCACAUUCGGCUCUAUCCAGUCACUGCUGAGUACGGACAGCAGUGCCAGCGGGACUCCAACAGGCUUGCACCUUCCGCAGCCAAGCCCUCACUGGAGAGAAUCUCAGUAUACACCGCCAUCGUCAGCAUCGAGCGGCAACUAUGGCGAUGAGCCGAGCUACUUCUUACACCAUGCAACCAAGUACCGAAGUCCAUGGACCAGCGCAGGGCCUGCUGAUGGCAUCUUGACAGGAACUCUAUCUGACAACAAUGGAGUACUCACACUGCCACCGAUCAUGCGAACACACUUCUCCUGGCCGAGUACCGCACAAGCAGUGGAGCAGCACAAACCAUACAAAGUCCCACAAACACCAGAUCUCAUUUUGGACGGCCCGACUCGACCACCAGCAAGACGGACGAAGAGCGCUGAAUAUGUCGACAGAUCUCGUCAGCCGACAAGUCAAAUCGGUCUACCACUCGCUCGCACACUAGACGUCUCGCCGUUCGCCGAUCAUCCUCAAGCAGCGCAUUCCUUCGAAUUCUACAUGGCCCACACCGGUGCAGCCAUGGGCGCCCGCAGCUCGGAACUAUUCUUCCUGUACACAAUCCCUCAAGUUGCGGCACAAUACGACUUCGUCCGCUAUGCACUUCUAGCGACCUCCCUUGUCGACGAGUCUGUGGACGAUACCUUCACGGACCAAGGUCGCCAAGGGCCCGGUAUCGAAUGUGUCAAUUUCGAAGCACGUCGACUAAGUUUUGAGAUGUACGGACGCAGUGUACGAGCACUGUGCGCCGCGCAGAGCAAACACCACGCCACCUAUCGCGACACCGAUAACGCCCUUGCUGCCUCCUUGAUCACGUGUAUACUGCUGUCUAGCUUCGAGUACUGGUUGUGGAAUAUUCAAAAUGCCAGUCGGCAUAUCGACGGAGCACGAGAGCUGAUUCAGAACUACGAGAAGACGUCUGCUGGACAAGAGAAACGGGCAGGCUUGUUGCAAGGCCAGGUGCUCGAGAUGCUCAACACGGCGACCAGGUUUCAUGAGAUGAGUGUGAAAUUCAAGAUGCCCGCGAGCCACUGCACUGAGGGACGGACUUGGGGGCCAGAGCGGCCAUUGGCCGCGGUGUAG